AUGCCAAAGCUCACCACCAUCAAAGGCCCAUCCAUCCACCUCGUGCAGUACCUGCGCGACACGCCGCCGUACAACACGCUCGACGGGCUCGCGCGCUGGGCCGCCUCGCUCGGCUUCCGCGCCGUGCAGGUCCCCGCCGAUCCGCGACUCAUCGACGUGCACCGCGCAGCGGACGACCAGGCGUACUGCGACGCGCUGAACGCCACGGUGCGCAGGCACGGCGUGGAGAUCUCGGAGCUGUCGACGCACCUCGUUGGCCAGCUGAUUGCGGUGCACCCGGCGUACGACGCGCUGUUUGACGCGUUCGCGCCGGAGGCGUAUCGCGGGAAUCCGAAGGCGCGGGAGGAGUGGGCGACGGGUGUGAUGUUUGCGUGCGCGAAGGCGGCGAAGAGGCUGGGCUUGAAGGCGCACGCAACGUUCUCGGGCAGCCUGGCGUGGCCGUACUUCUACCCGUGGCCGCAGCGCCCAGCGGGCUUGAUCGAUACCGCGUUUGCGGAGCUCGCGGCGCGCUGGCGGCCGAUCCUGGACGCGUUCGACGAGGCGGGGGUGGACGUGUGUUUUGAGAUACACCCCAGCGAGGACCUGCACGACGGGGUGUCGUUCGAGCGGUUCUUGGAGCAUGUUGGGGGGCACCGGCGCGCGUGUAUUUUGUACGACCCGUCGCAUUUCGUGCUGCAGCAGCUGGAUUACCUCGCGUUUAUCGAUAUCUACCAUGAAAGGAUCAAGGCGUUCCAUGUCAAGGACGCGGAGUUCGUGCCGGAUGGACGGCAGGGGGUGUAUGGCGGGUAUACCGACUGGCAAGACCGGGCGGGGCGCACGAGGGCGCUGGGGGACGGCCAGAUCGACUUCAAGGGUAUAUUCACGAGACUGGCGAAGUAUGGGUACGAAGGAUGGGCGGUGGCGGAGUCAGAGUGCGCGUUCAAGGAUCCGGAGGUUUGUGCGGUCGAGGGUGCAGAGUUCAUCAAGAGGCACAUUAUACCGGUUAUGGGGGACGGAGCGUUUGAUGAUUUUGCGGGGAGCGGCUUAUCCAGGGACGGGGUCAGGGAGGUGCUGGGGUUGGAGUGA